UGCCGUGCUCGUUGUGUUUCAGACACCAGUCUGUCAGCCACUUUAUGUUUCCUUCUCCUGCUGCGAUAUGCAGUUGCCCCAGAGGCAGCUUUACUGACUUAGGCAGUGUUUUCUUCCGGCGCUGUGACAGUCCAGCUGCUUGCUGUAAACCUCAGCUUUUUCUCUAAUCUUUCUGGAAAUGGAAGUUGCCGGUCUCUAAUCAACAUGGCAGAGGGUCUGGAUGGAGGGUGUGAGCUAUGCCCGGAGUCAGGACGGGGCACAAGAGAACGGAGGAGUGGGGUCACUGAGGCCAGUCUGCUGGAGGCAGCGAAAGCUGCACCUCGGAGGAGCAGCAUCAUCAAGGAUCCUUCAAAUCAAAAACCUGGACGAAAGAAAACGGUGUCUUUCAGCAGCAUGCCUUCAGAAAAGAAAAUCAGUAGUGCCAGCGACUGUAUAAGCUUCAUGCAAGGAGGAUGUGAGCUGAAGAAGGUCCGGCCAAACUCUCGUAUCUACAGUCGCUUUUUUACACUUGAUACAGAUGUCCAAGCACUGCGUUGGGAGCCUUCAAAAAAAGACCCUGAAAAGGCUAAGCUGGAUAUCUCUGCGAUCAAAGAGAUAAGACUUGGGAAGAAUACUGAGACAUUCAGAAAUAAUGGGCUUGCAGAUCAGAUUUGUGAAGACAGUGCAUUCUCGAUUAUUCAUGGAGAGAAUUAUGAGUCCCUGGACCUAGUUGCUAAUUCAGCAGAUGUUGCAAAUAUUUGGGUAUCUGGUCUAAGGUAUUUGGUUUCACACAGCAAGCAACCAUUGGACUUUGGUGAGGGUGAAAAUAAUACUCCUAGAAUAGCUUGGCUUAAGUCUGUCUUUGUGGCUGCUGACAUAGAUGGAAAUGGGAUCAUGUUGGAGGAUACAGCUGUUGAGUUGAUUAAGCAACUUUCCCCUGCAAUCAAAGAAUCCAAAGUUAGGUUAAAGUUUAAAGAGAUCCAAAAGAUCAAAGAGAAGCUCACUACCAGAGUGACUGAAGAAGAGUUUUGUGAAGCAUUCUGUGAACUCUGCACAAGACCAGAAGUGUAUUUUUUACUUGUGCAGAUUUCAAAAAACAAAGAAUAUUUAGAUGCAAAUGAUCUUAUGUUGUUUUUAGAAUCAGAGCAAGGAAUGACUCAAGUAAAAGAGGAUAUGUGUCUGGAAAUUAUAAAAAAGUAUGAGGUAUCUCAGGAGGGUCGUUUGAGGGGUUUCCUUACAAUUGAUGGCUUCACUAAGUAUUUGCUCUCACCAGAAUGUGAUAUUUUUGAUGCUGUCCACAAGAGGGUCAGUCAAGAUAUGACCCAACCAUUAUCACACUACUAUAUCAACUCCUCUCAUAACACAUACUUAAUAGAAGACCAGUUCAGAGGUCCUGCAGACAUCAAUGGAUAUGUGAGAGCCCUAAAAAUGGGCUGUCGGAGUAUUGAGCUUGAUGUAAGUGACGGCCCAGACAAUGAGCCAAUCAUCUGCAAUCGAAACAGCAUGACCUCACCUUUAGCCUUUCGUAAUGUUAUUGAGGUUAUAAACAAAUAUUCCUUCAUCUCUUCUGAAUUCCCACUCAUUGUUUGCAUUGGGAACCAUUGCUCGGUUCAGCAACAAAAGGUGAUGGUGCAGCACAUAAAGAAGAUUUUUGGGAGCAAACUAUACACUGAAAUGCCUUCACCUGCAGAUUGCUACCUUCCAUCUCCAGAGAAACUAAGGAAAAAGGUUAUUUUGAAAGGAAAGAAGCUGCCUUCUGACUUUGACCUGUUGGAAGGAGAGGUUACAGAUGAAGAUGAGGAAGCUGAAAUGUCUCGUCGGAUGUCUGAGGACUACUUUGGGGAGCAGAGACUGAUUAAACUUUGCAGAGAACUUUCAGACUUGGUUUCAAUUUGUAAAUCAGUGCAAUAUAAAGAUUUUGAUGUUUCUAUGAAAAAUCAAAACUAUGGGGAGAUUUGCUCACUUAGUGAAAGCCAAGCGAGUCAAAUUGCUAAUGAGUACCCAGAAGACUUUGUAAACUACAAUAAGAAGUUUCUCUCCAGGGUAUAUCCAAGUCCAAUGAGGAUAGAUUCUAGUAAUCUAAAUCCUCAAGAUUUCUGGAAUUGUGGAUGUCAGAUUGUAGCUAUGAACUACCAGACUCCUGGUCCUAUGAUGGAUCUUAACAUUGGGUGGUUUCUACAGAAUGGGGGGUGUGGGUAUGUUCUUCGCCCAUACAUUAUGAGAGAUGAAAUUUCUUUUUUCAGUGCAAACACUAAAGGUGUGGUACCUGGUGUGUCUCCCCAGGUUUUACAUAUAAAGAUCAUCAGUGGUCAGAACUUUCCAAAACCCAAAGGAGCUUGUGCAAAGGGUGAGGUGAUUGAUCCAUAUGUUUGUAUAGAAAUUCAUGGCAUUCCAGCUGACUGUGCAGAACAAAGAACUAGAACAGUACAGCAAAAUGGGGAUAAUCCAAUUUUUGAUGAGAGUUUCGAGUUCCAGAUUAACCUACCAGAAUUAGCCAUGGUCCGCUUCAUGGUUCUUGAUGAUGACUAUAUAGGUGAUGAGUUUAUUGGCCAAUAUACCUUACCCCUUGAAUGCUUGCAGCCUGGAUACCGACACAUACCUUUGCGUUCCUUUGUUGGAGACACAAUUGAACAUGCCAAACUAUUUGUUCACAUUGCAAUUACUAACCGGGGUGGUGGAGGAAAGGCACAAAAACGAGGCUUGUCUGCUAGAAUAGGGAAGAAGGCCAGAGAAUACACAAUGCUUCGGAACACUGGUCUUAAAGCAGUAGAUGACAUUUUUAAGCUUGCGGUUCAUCCUCUUCGAGAAGCUACUGACAUCAAGGAAAACAUGCAGAAUGCUUUGGUUUCAUUGAAGGAACUGUGUGGCCUUCCCACGAGUGCCACUCUAAAGCAGUGCAUGCUGUCGCUGGCCUCACGUCUUGUGAAUAAUGACAACACACCCUCCGUCGCCCUCAGUAUGAAGGAUACAUACCCUUACUUGGAGCCAAUGGGAACAGUUCCUGAUGUCCAGAAAAAACUUUUAGCAGCUUAUGAUAUGAUGACACAGGAGAGCCGACUUUUAAUUGAGACAGCAGAUACAAUUCAUGACAAGAUCUUCCAAUGCCAGAAAGCAGGUAUGGAGUUUCAUGAGGAACUGCACAGUCUGGGGACAAAGGAAGGAUUAAAAGGACGAAAGCUCAGCAAAGCUAUUGAAAGCUUUGCCUGGAACAUUACUGUGUUAAAGGGUCAAGGAGCUUUGCUGAAGAACGCCAAAAAUGAAGCCAUAGAGAACAUGAGGCAAAUACAACAGGCCUGUCUUGCUGCUGGCUUGAGCAAAGUCUCAAGUACCGCCGCUGAUGCAAAAGCCAAGAGAGGACUAGCUUCCAUAGAGGAGAAGGAUACUGGGGAGGAAAAUGGCCGUUUGUGAAACUGAGCAGCAGUUGCUGUUAUAUACAGGCCUAGCAGGGCUGCUUUUAGAAGAAAUUAGGGAUAUAUAUACUAUUAGGCAAAAUACAUGAAGUAAAAGCCUUGUUAUCAUUAUUUUUUAAUGUCAUUAUAGAAGUCCUAUAAUUAUAUAUAUAUAUAUAUUUUUAUUGUUAAUCUAUGAAACAAUUUCUGAAACUUAGGGAAAACAGAAGACUAUUUUAAAAGCCCCAAAACUGUAUACCUUAAAUUAAUGUAAUGAAUAUUGAUUGCUUGGAGGCUAAUUUAUAUAUAUUACGCAAUUGAGAUUAUUUAGUGAUUGCUUGUGAUUCUUUACAGCAAUGCUGUAUAUUUUUGAUGAUCAGGUCACUUUCCCAGUUAGAAGCAGCCCUGAGGUCUAUAUAUAAAGGCAAACUCCAAACAAA